CUCUCAUCCGGUUUGUAGCAGGCGUAGAGACGAGGACAGAAAAAAACCCCAGCCUACACGACACGGUGCAGACCGCAGAAACGCCGAGCUACAUCACAGGUUGCUGUCCAGGAUGGCGGGGAUGAAGGAGCAGCAGAUCACGGAGGAGAAGCCCCUGCUGCUGGAGCAGAAAGGAGUGGACUCGGACAUGCAGGAUAAAGGAGAGGAGGCAUCGGCGGGGCAACCAUGCCCCAAAAGCCCCGCGCCCUCUAAUGACCCCCCUCCCCCCCGCCGCCCCACUCACCGCUGGCAUGCCUUCGCACGGCACUGGCUCCGCCAGACCCGCCGUCGGACCAGCGGGGUCAUCCCGGAGUGCUGUGAACAGCUGAUGCCACCAGGUGACUGGAAGGAACAUGAUGUCGAGACCCCUUACGGUAUGCUGCAUGUGGUGAUCCGAGGGGCACCCAAAGGAAACAAACCUGCCAUUCUCACCUACCAUGAUGUGGGGCUGAACCACAAACUGUGCUUCAACACUUUCUUCAACAACGAGGACAUGCAGGAGAUCACCAAGCACUUUGUGAUUUGUCAUGUUGAUGCCCCGGGACAGCAGGUUGGAGCUGCGCAGUUCCCACAGGGGUUCCAGUACCCCACCAUGGACCAGCUGGCUGGGAUGCUGCCCACUGUGGUGGAGCACUUUGGGUUUAAGAGCAUCGUUGGGAUCGGAGUUGGAGCUGGAGCUUAUAUUCUGGCAAAGUUUGCUCUGAUCUUCCCUGAUCAGGUGGAGGGUCUGGUUCUGCUCAACAUUGACCCGAAUGGAAAAGGAUGGAUUGACUGGGCUGCCUCCAAGCUGUCAGGGCUGACCAGCAACAUCCCAGAUGUCGUGCUGCCACAUCUUUUCAGCCAGGAGGAACUGGUGGGCAACACAGAACUGGUUCAGAGCUACCGACAACAGAUCAAUAACUCAGUGAACCACUACAACCUGCAGCUCUUCUGGAACCUGUACAACAGCCGGAGGGAUCUGGAGAUGAACCGUGGUGGGACGGCACUUAACGCCAAGACCCUGAAAUGUCCUGUGAUGCUGGUUGUUGGAGACAACGCUCCUGCUGAGGAGGGAGUGGUUGAGUGCAACUCCAAACUGGACCCAACCAACACCACCUUCUUAAAGAUGGCCGACUCUGGUGGACUCCCCCAGCUCACACAGCCCGCCAAGCUGACUGAAGCCUUCAAGUAUUUCCUGCAGGGAAUGGGCUACAUUGCUUAUGUGAAGGAUCGGAGGCUGAGUGGAGGGCCAGUGCCCUCGGCCAGUAUGACCCGCCUGGCCCGCUCCAGGACAGCCUCGCUGACCAGCGCCGGCUCCGGGGAGGGGAACCGCUCCCGCGCCUGCACCAACUCCGACAGCACCGAGGGAGUCGGGGCGGUCACCCAAACCAUGGAGGUGUCGUGCUGAAGAGCCACACAGUGGAGAGAAAGGAGAGGCAGAGGGGAAGGAGAGAGAAAGUAGGAAACAGAAGUGAAAAGAGGGGAGAAAAUUACAUUUAGGGUGAUAAAAGGGUGUAAGCUGAUGGCGCUUUCUGUUUYUGUCUUUUUCCUCUAAAUCCCUUUAAUCUGCCCUUUUCUUUCCUCUGUCGCUGUAAAAUACCAUCAGUAUUGCUACUAACACACCCAACAGACCUUUAAAUAUCCCCCGUGUCUCCCCUUUGCCCCACACCUAAAGACUGAACCGACUGGUUUUGCUCUUGAAGUGUCAUUCUUGUGUUUGCUAAGUGUUCCUCAUUAUUGCCUGCACCCUUUUCAACACCCCCCUCCACAACUCGCAAACACACAAAAAAUAAAACUUAAAGCUGUCUGUAAAACAAAUCUGCACAACGAUAGCUUCUGAAAAGCUGCUGUUAAAUGUGAGCACGAGGGUGAAAAAGUCAGACGUGAAAAAGAAAGCAGAACUUUGAGGGGGUGCCAUAUUUGGGGGGGUGGGGGGUAAACGGAUAAAGUGUCGUGCAUGUGUCUUUUGAAAGUAGUAAAUGUUUAUUGUGGGAAAUUCUGAGUAUCUCUCUCUGCGCUGUUUGUAAGAAUGAUUUUAUUUUUAUUUUUUUCACGUGGAGCGGAGGUGUGUCCAGACUUACAGACAGCAAUACAGAGCCUUGUUGUAAUGAGUCUGUAGCUCUUACACAACAUUUAGUWUUAGUUUGUUUAGAGCAUAAAUAAAACGCAGCAUACUGAUGUGAAAUCAUCAUUUAAAAAGCAACAGAGUGMUGCUGUUUUCUUUCUUUUUAAAACAGAAAACGAAACACGAACUCUGACUUUGAACCACUACACCACCAGGGAGCUUCAUCCGCUUUUAUUAUCGCAAAGACAGAAAGAAAAAYGCUUAAAGUGGUUUUAUUUUUAUUUUGCGCAAAACGACAAUCUGAAUUUGCGUAACGACRUGUGAGCUUAUAGUUGUUGAAUGAAAUGUGGUUGCUGCUUCAGCUUUUUUAAACUCUGCUUGUCCCUUUUUAUUUAUGUUAAAAACGUCUUUGUUUAUUAUAGCAUGUGAAGUUUAUUAUCUUAUAUAACUUUGUUUAAUUUAACACCUUUUAAGGGUGAAAAAGCUUGAAAAUGAAUGGCCUUAUAAGAGGCAACAACUUAGUGUCGGUUGACUAAACAACGUAAAGCAUUUAAAAUCUAAACAAUAAGCAUCUUGAAUGGCUCGUGCUUUUAAUUUAGUGAAGAAACUGCAGCAAGAAAAGGAACUGCAAAGCGCUUCAUUAGCAUGCCUUUAUCUGACAUUUAGCAUGAAAAGUCUCGAGAUGUAAUGACGUAUAUCUGCUAAAAAGUCUGCUUCAGAGUGGGUUGCAUAAGUUUAGUUUUAGCAUGCACUGUUUGUACUAAUCAUUUAUUGCAUUUGUUAAAGUACUUGUUUGUCGAGAGAAAAAUCAAAGCCAAAUGUUCAAACUGAUCUGUCUUGUGGGCAGACUGGUAACUUUCCUAAUGUAAUAUAACAAGGAAUUAGAUUAUUAAAGUCUGCUGUUUGCAUCCAUUUUAGUGUUACGUUGCUGAAUGCAGCUUUAAUGUGUGCAUCCUCACAUUUUAAAGACAAUCUACUGCAUAAAUAUAGUGUAGAAGUAACACAUAUCUGCAUGUGAAUGUGAUUUUUAGGGCAUUCUAGUAGGAGUAGUCUGUAACUAUAGGGCAUUCUUCAUUAGAUCAAGUAGAUGAGAAUUUAGGUCCAACCACUGCUGUCAGUCUGUAGCUCCGCUGCAUGGAGGUGGUUCUGGCCGCAGUCGGCUCUUUGUGGUCUCUAACUUGACAAUCACACUCUGACCCAAACCAAACACGACCGGGAAACCGAGGCAGAACCAAGUCGACUCAAAUGACUUUUUCACUGGACAAAGAACUUCCCUUACAUCACCCAGCCCCCCUGCACAUAUAAACCAAAGCUGCCCACGUGCACACACACGUACACACAGGACCUCCUCAAGAACAACACACACUUUUCCAUACAUAUACAGAAGGAAAAGCUGCUUGGGCUGGAUUUUGUAACAGAACUGUUCUAAAAUGACUGAUUAAAAUACAAUUAGCAGCUGAAGCGUUGAUCUUUAGUCACUGGAUGUUUUGAUGUUCUGUGUUGCCAUGAUCUCACUAAAUCUUACUCUUUUAGUCGUGCGUACACACAUGAAGUGUAGUUUUUGCGCAGGAAAGGCAUGUGCUGUUGUCUGUCGCUGUCUUGGACCACCUCAUUGGAGAUCAAACGUGGCGCCCCUGGUUUUUGUGGUGCAUUAAUGUGCAGUAUUUAUCACAUCACUUCUUCUUGUUUUAAGUAAACUAUAAUAAUAAUAAAAAAAACUUUAGUCCUCUGUAGGAAGCAGACUACCUUCCAAACACUGAGGUGUGCAAUUUCCUGCGGCGGCCUGUCAGGGGCGGGGCUUUUUUGGCGCCAUUUGGGCUCCAAGCUCAGAAUGUAGGGCAAACCCCAGCCACCUUAAAUCUAAAAAAAUUCCCUUAAAAAUUCACAAGGUGCCCCGGCUCUCACAGGCAAACCCAGUGGCACCCUAAAGGGCUAUCAGCUGAAGUCACUUUUUAAGAUGUUGCAGUCAUGCUUCUGAGCACCAGGGGGCGAUAGAGAGCAAACGGGCUGUUAGAACUGAGCCCUUUGUGAUCCGAAAAAGCAGUUUGUCAUAACAAAACAGAGAGAGAUACUGACCUGAAACAUAGUUGAAGGAAUGUUAAAGGAAAAGAAUGUGAAUUUGUUGAAGCAUGAUUGAUUAGUUGUUGUUCGUGUAUUUGAAAAUGUAAAACAAGCUUCGUGUUUUGAAGACGUGGAAGAGGGAGACGAUGAGAUCAGAUCAAACAACUUGCGAUCAAUUUCAUGAGCAUUCACGGUUGCACGUAGCAGCGUUUGUGUACGGUCAUCUUUCAGUGUUUCUGCUCCUCACAAUGCUAUUUUCUGCCAUUUACACUCUGGUUUCCUCCCACACCACUUCUACCCACACUGCCUGGGGGGCUCCUGAAUGUAUCUUGUCCCUUUUUGAAGUGCUGUACAGUAUUGUCAACCCACACCUCAUUCUCACUCUGGUUUGCACUUCUUAUCUUUGCCCCCUCAUUUUUGACAUUUAACCCAGAACAUAAAAUAACAAGCUCCUUCCUUGGCUUUCCUCUCCAAGGUGUUUAACCAGUAAUGAUGAUUUCUGAAGGUCCACAGCUCCUGCAAGCUGACACUGGAUCACCUUGUCCUCCUUGCUCUUGUAGAUACUUUUUAUUUAUAGAGCAGGUUUCCAGUACCAAACACUAAUACCACUGUAAUGUGAGAAAACCUAUUUUUGUUUCUCUUCCCUGAUUUUUUUUAUAGGUAACUGUAGGGUGUAACAUCAUACUGGUAUAAUAAUCUUGAUAAAUGUGUUACUACUACUCUUAUGCUUCUUCUUACUGCCAUUAUGAAUCAUUUGUAUGAAGCAAUAAGUUCUUUAUUUUUCUUGUUUGUUUUAUAUUGUGGGGGUCUUCCCUGUUAGCUUGUUUCUAUUCACGACUGUAGAAAGACUCCCACCUGCUUCAUUGUCAUUCAAAUGUGUAUUGUAAAAUUUAAAUAUAAUAUAUGUAUACUAUAUAAAUACAAAGGUAGAUGUCUCUGUCCAUGUACUGAUCAAGUAACAAGUAAGAAAUAAAGAAUACAUCUCAGAA